AUGCGACCAACUGAUUGUUGUGCCACUCCCACCACACCAGUCGCCACGCCAGCCAGCUCGUCCGCCUUCAUGGAGCUCAACAACCGACACGUAAGUGGGGGAGAGGGUGUGCAUUUUGAAAGGUCAUAUCUGGGGGUGGGGUUGGGGUAGAGAAAAGAUUUUUUGGGACAGAGUGUUAGGGUAUCUUUAGUACUGUUAGGCUUAGUUUCAGAUAUUUUGGGUGUGUCUAAAAAGAUAUGGCACUUUGAAAGGGAUAAGGUCAAAUUUUGAAUAAUUUUGGACUAUUUCAAGUUUAUGCCAUUUUAUCAUCGACUCAAAUUAAAGUUGGGUAAAAAUUGAUUUAGUAUAGUACUUAGUGGUUUAUUUAGUAGCACUUACCAAAAUUUGGUACACUUUCUAUUACGGAGUACGAAGAUAUGAAGAUUUUAGUAUGAUAAGUUCAAAAAUUUUGUAAAAAGUUUAAAAAAUUUAAAGGUUUUUGCCAUUUUUGAAGGAUACUGCUCUUAAAAAUAAUUUUUUUUUCAAAAAAUAUUAAAGACCAUGUUUUUAAGCAUCGCAAAACUACAGUACGACCCAAUUUAUGUUAUUGUACUGCUCAAUAUGUAACAAACUAGACUCUACGUCAAACGCAAUUGAAAACACAAUUUUUCCACGCUAAUUUUUAAUUUAUAUCAAAACUCAAUGUGUCUGUCACAUGAUUAAUAUUAAAUUUCAAUUUUGGGAGGAAAACAAGUUUUUUAAAUUAAAAAAUUGGCAAAAAUAGGACCCUUUCACAAGAAACUUCAAAUAGGAAUUUUUUACAAAGGUUGUGACAAAAAUUAAAAAGCAUGAUUUUUUUGGUGACAGAGGUACUUAAAAAAUAGGAUUUUUUCACAAAAAAUUGUUUUUACUAGGACUGUUUCACAAAAAAAAUUUAAAUAGGACUUUGUCACAAAAUAACUUGAAAUAGGACUUUUUCACAAAAACUUAAAUUAUUAACUAUUCAGGUUGAGCGACUACGCACAGUCCUGAACGAAGAAGUCGAGAUUCACGGCAAAGAGAACUUCCCCACCCUCCGCAUCACCCUACACAAACUCAUUUCGCACGUUCGCCGAAAACUUUUGGACCGCCAAUUGGCGCUGAAACACGUUAAACUGAACGGUGGUGCCGCUUCGUACGUGCUCAGCAACGACGACUUUGUCUACAGCGAUCUCGACCUCAUUUUCCCCAUCGAUCUGAGCCAGGAAGGCGACUUCGACAAGGUACGGUGUGCCGUCUUCGACGCUCUGAUCGAGCUCAUGCCCGCUUCAACCAACAAACAGAUGAUGUUCGUGGACACGCUCAAGGAUAUCUACAUCAGGAAGAUGGUGAAGGUGUCGGAUGGUGAUCGGUGGAGCUUGUUUUCGCUUCACAACAACUAUGGAAGGUAAGGAAUGACAGGGAAUUGGGCGUUUUUGACAGAAAAUUUGGUUUUUUCACAAAAAAUUUGAUUUUUUUUACUUGGCGAUGGAUUUUUUGACCAGAACUAAAAAUUUUUUAAAUUCUUGCGACAGUAUUAAGGAGCAUACUAUACUACAUAUUUUUGUCAAACAAAAUUGAUUUUGAGUUUAUACCUAAAAAGUUAUCCAGUAAUUUUUAAAAAUUUUGACAUAUUUUUUGGGUAGCUACAGACUUUUUGACCUUAAAACCAAAAUUUUAAAAAUUUGUACGACAGAUUGUUUUAUUACUUAAAAAUACUUAUUUUUACUUGAGGGUUUUAAUUUUACUUCGGGUUCAAAAAAGUUAUACGUUAAAAAGUGAUUAUUGGCCGGGCGCACUUCGCAACUUUAUUUUUCGCGGGAAAUUCUUUUGAUUUUUCGGAAGCUCUUGGUUUGGACUUUUUGCCUCGAUUUUUGGAUUGUUUUAGCCUGUUAUCAAUUGAAUUCAUAUCAUAUUUUAGAUUUCUUACCUUCUUCUAUAUCUAUAUUUCAGUAUUUUUUCAAAAACUUUAAUUCAACCUCCAUUUUCAGGUGCAUCGAGCUAAAAUUCGUGGACAAGAUGCGCCGCGCCUUCGAAUUCAGCGUGGACUCGUUCCAAAUCACGCUGGACGCCGUGCUAGACGCGGCCGAACGCAACGAGCUGGAGGACAAGAAGCUGGUCAAGAACCUCGUGGUCCCAGCCGAAUCCAUGUUCGGCAAUUUCGCCGCCGCUCUUCAGCAUCUGAACAAGCGACUCAUCGACACCAGGAAUCCGGAGGAAAUCCGAGGCGGCGGCCUUCUAAAGUAUUGCCAUUUGUUGUGCAAGGGCUACACGGCCACGCAGAACUGUCGCGAGAUGGAGAAGUACAUGUGCUCGAGGUUUUUCAUCGACUUUAGCGAUAUUAACAUGCAGGAGAUUAAGUUGAGGCAGUAUUUGGACAAUCACUUUGGAAGCGAGGAUGAGGUAGGUGAAAAGCGAUUUCAAAUGCAGAAAAUUUGAAAAAAAGUUGAAAAACGUGUCAAAAAUGCCAUUUUUAAACAGAUAUUAGUUUGUAUGCACCAAUAUACUUCCUGCCAAGCAAGAAAAACAAUUUUCAUCAAGUCACCAUCCUUUAUAUAAAUUUUGCCUUUAUGGCCCAUUGCGAACGCGCGCUCCCGUCCAAUCUGGCGAGUUAAGCAACGGUGCGCUUGAUUAAUCCGGCCGGGUUCGAUUCCGCUCGGAAGUUUUGGUCAUAUUCGGGCUUGGAAUGAAAGUUUUUGAUAUUUUUUGAAAUGGGAUGGAAAGUUAUUGGAUUUGGCGACAUUUUAAAAUUUAUUUUAGGCUAGCUUGUUAAGUAUAAGAGUAUUUUUUUUUUGAUUUUUUUCAAAAUUUUUCGAAUUUUUGGGUUUUUUGAGGAUUUUUGGUAAAAACAAACUACAAUAAUAUAAGACAUGCUCUUCCAUAUCAAUUUUUUGUUAUAAAUUCCACUUUUCAACCAAAAAAUGUCAUUUGACCUUUAACCGCGGAUCGGAUUACAGUAAUCGUUCGAGUUAUUUACUUAAAAAAGUUAAUUUUUGCCAUGUCCCAGCGGAUUUCGGGGUGGGGGCCGGAAGAAUUUGGAAGUCACGCGAAAAAUUGUUUUUAACGUGCCGUGCUUUUGAGACGUCCAAAGAGAGAAAGCGAAAGGGGGGGGAUGAUGUCAGUGCAAUGAUGACAUUGUACUGGGUUAUACUCGAGCAUAAGGAAGUAGAAUGCGAUACUCGACCACUCAUUACUGUCAUUAUGUCAUUUUUGGCGGUUUUCGAAAAUGUUUUGGAAUGGCUGAAGAAUUAUGUCAUCGAUGACAUAUUUUUUGGAAUUUUCAAAAAUAAUGCCAUUUUAUAUUGUAUUAGGCUUGAAAAUGACGUUUUAAGAUAUAGGAAGGUACAUGACGACUAGAAAUGUCAUUUCUAAGAAUUCUAGAAAUUAUGUCAUUGAUGACAUAUUUUUUGGAUUUAAAAAAAAACCAUUUUAUAUUAUAUAAGGCUCAGAAAUGACAUUUUAUGACACAUUGAGACCAUAAAAUAUAAAAAAUAUCAUUUUAAAACUUGUAUACGAUCAAAAAUGGCAUUUACUGCACGCAACAUCGUAUGUUACUUAAAAAGCCUAGUUUACUCAGUAAGCCUGGUUUUUACUCAGUAAGCCUGUUUUUUACUCCGUAAGUCCAAAAUAACACGAUGAAAAGGUCACAAUUACACUAUGACAAGAUUACAAUUAUCAUUUACUAGGAUUACAAACAAUACACUAGUAUCUUCUAGUAUAUAUUAAGAUUACAUGGCCAUUCUUUGGCCCCAUAUCACGAGAAUUCGGACGUAAUAAGCCGCUUGUUUACGACCAAUUUCGUUUAAAAAAACUAAUUAACCCGUUUUAAAAACGCAAUACCCAAAUAUCUUGCAAAUUCCCAUGUAAACAUACGACGUAACAGCGCAUGUAACCUAUAUUUAUCAGUGGAAUAACAGGAACUUUCUUUACGGAAGUGGAAAGGGCCAGAACUUUCUGUACAGAGGUUAAAAUCACAAGAACUUUCUUUACAGAACAAAAAAUUGCAAAAACUUUGUUUACAAGACAUAAAAUGGCAAGAACUUUCUUUACAAAGCGAAAAAUGUCAAAAACUUUCUUUACAGAGCGAAAAAUAGCAAGAACUUUCUUUACAAAACAAAAAAGCUUAUUCAUCGUAUAACUUGUAAUCCGCAGGCUGCGCAAGGUCAAUUUUUGCUUGUUUUUACGAAAAAUGGAAGAAACUUUCUUUACAGAGUGAAAAAUGGCAAGAUCUUUCUUUCCAAGACUCAAAACGGCAAGAACUUUGUUUCCAAAACAAGAAAUUGCAAAAACUUUCUUUCCAACCCUCAAAACAAAAAUUAUCAAAAUUUCAAAAAACCAGUACCAACAGUACUAACCUGUUCCUUCUUUCAGCAAAAGUUCCAAUACCUUCAAAUCCUGAACCGAGUCAUCAAGGAGUCGACCGUCUGCUUGAUGGGUCACGAGCGUCGCUCCACGCAGGCCAUGAUCGAGAGGAUACGACAACAGCUCAGCUACAGCUGCUACUACCAGGGCCAGGACGGCUACUACGAACACACCCCCAGGCAGGUCUUACUGUACUUGCCACAGAACUCGAACCACUGGAUUCGAGUCGUCUAA